GGUAUAGCUGAACCCCGUCAGGGUACAAACCUAGAUCCGAGCCGCCCCUGCAAUGAACAUCCACAUAGGUCUCUGACGUAUCAUAUUUUCCAUUGAUUGAUUAAACCGACCUACAUAAUAUUUAAUGCGGUGACGCGUGCACAGCAAUUCCUACCAGCAAUCUCCCACAAUGCUAUGCAGAUGUCUUUUGAAAUGCACGCGCGCCAGCAGCGCAGCCGACCAUCUGUCACAACCGUAUACCCAGGGUUUAAGUACCGACGAAACCUCGGAAUCACCGCGCAUUCUGUGAAAAUUAAACCACGGAGCACACGGCUCUAAAAUUCUCGGGGAAUUCAGCAAAAUCGUUUAAAUACGGCGCAUUAUUUUACUCGGGUUAAUUUUUUUUUAAAAGUAAUUGUACACGAAGCAUUAACACCUUUCCACGAGCUUUAGGGCGUUUGCUUAGUUAAAGCUUAAGAUUUUGCCACCUCCGAUGAGUAACUAUUCAGAGGACCAAUCCACACGGGGGGAAAAUAGAGCUAUCUGUACAACAAGGCGAGAUCGAUCCGAUGGACUUCACUUUCGAAGACAAUCCGACCAACUCGAGUCCUCCCCUCCCGGUGAGCUGCACUCCUCCAAAUUGAUCGUCAGGCAUCCUGUUCUUUUCCACGGUAGCUCACUGAAUGGUCUCUGCAACACGGACCACUACCGACAAACCGAGCGGGUCCGCAUUUUCCAGACAGCAGUGUCGGCGUUUUUCCGUGAAGCCAUGUCGGAUGGCGAGCGGGGAGAUAAUUACGGGGCAGGCAGACACAGGGGGCUGCCACCGCCGCUGACAACCCAGGCGUACCAUCCCAUCACCGUGCCAGUGCUACCUCCAGCACCGGCACCGGCACCGGCACCGCCACCCCCGCCAAGCCGGCACUACUGCUGCAGCCCCGGCUCUCGCUUGGUCAUCUUCUGCGGACUCCGGAAGAGCCUGCGAGAGAUCCUGAGCUCCAAGCACACCUCGUCCAUGUACAGCCUGGUACCUAUGAUGUACUCCCAGGCCGACCUGUUCUACAGUCCGAGAUCCAAGCGGAACGACAGCGAGGGAGACAUGGGGCAAUCGGCUACAACGCUCGGCGGCGGUGUGUCCUCCGCCUGGAAGGGGCUCAAGAUUGCUGUGACGCCUAACCCCAAAGCGCAUCUGCAUUUCAACUCCGCAGUAAGACAGGCGGUAGAGAAGUACUCUGAUGUUCUCUCCAGUAUGAAAUGCCAUCACAUGGAUGACAUCAUUAAAGAGGUCAUGCGCCUCUGCCCGUUGCUGAGGAACGAAGUGACGGUGAAAAACAAAGUGCGACGAGCCGUCAAGUCUUACAUCUGCAAUGCUGUCACGCACUACAAGCGAAAACAGCGGAAUAAGGUGCUGGGUUACAGCAGUACUUCACACGGGAGCGGGUCAGCGUCGCGCGUCCACGGGCCCGAUCACAGCGAGGCACAUUCGCCUGAUGUGGAGGACUUUUUCGGCGGCGACUCUUCGAGCUCUUACCAAGACGAGCUGAUCGACUACUCCAAUGCGGGACACGCCGCGCACGCGUCUGUCACCAUGGGUAGCGUUUCCCCGCAAGAAAACGCUGUCGUGUAUGAUCAAGGUCCUGCACCAACAUCUACCAUUCACAGACGACUCUCAGCAUCAUCAGCUGAAAGCUGCCCACAGACCGACAGCGUGUCAGACAGUGAGAGGUCGCAGCCCUCGGUUGCAAUCGCAAAGAGUGAACUUGGCCCGGACCGACAGCUACAGAUAACAGAGGUGCGGACUAUAAUGGACGUGGAUGGCGACAGUUGCGUGGCAUCGUCUGGAGCAAAGGACGAGAAGGGAUUCCAGUUCAGUGAAGGGCCAUCCAUGGAAGAACUGAGAGCUGUUCAAGCCGACUUUGCCAAGCAAAGAGAUUGGGACCAGUUCCAUCAGCCUAGAAACCUACUGCUUGCCAUGAUUGGAGAAGUUGGCGAAGUCUCAGAGCUUUUUCAGUGGCGAGGAGAGUGCAAGGAAGGAUUAGAAGAUUGGUCUGAGAAGGACAAGAAGCACCUUGGGCAGGAGUUGAGCGACGUCCUGAUGUACCUGAUCCGACUGGCCGAGAAAUGCCACGUGGACCUGCCCCGCGCCGCCAUGGAGAAAGUGGGUCUCAACGCCAAGAAAUACCCAGCGCAGAAGGUGUACGGCUCCAGUAAGAAAUACACCGAGUACGACUGACACUCGGGUGGAGUCUGGUUCCCAAAGGGCAUUUGUGGACAUUGUGGUGAUGUCGGUCACGACAGGCACUGGCAUCUGACUGUUGAGGGGACGCGAGCGUCUGUUUUCAAGACAACACCUGAACACUGUAUUCCGGAGUGUUGCAGUAUUGAGACUAUCACCUGUCCGUUUGUCACCCUUUUCUAUGACUGAUGCUCAGAAGAGUCAACUUCCCAAGGGAACACCGAUUGUGGGCAAUUGACAGUUUUGAGACUUUUUGAUAUUUUUUGUUUUUGAUCAGUGGCGUGCUGUGGCCUCGUGGUUAAAGCUGGGGGUUGUGGGUUCGAGUCCAGCCGGGGUCAUGGUGCAUGUGCCCUUGGGCAAGGCACUUUGUCACUCAUUGCUUCUCUCCACCCAGGAGUAAAUGGGUACCUGUGAGGGCAGAGAUGGUUAUUGUGAUUGAAUAAGCUUGCUUGCGCCUAACAGGCAGCAUUGAGCUGUAUACUCCCCAGGGAGCUGAGAUGGUAUUUGGAAUGUUUAAUUGGCCCAAUGAUCAGGGGUAAUAAUAAUACUGUAAUACUGCUGUACUUGCCAAUGUGUGUACGCAUCCUUGUUUCCCCAGUUGUGGUUACCACACACAGGUUGUACGAUAUUCAUUAUGGGACCAAAAAUGUGGGGACACGCCAAAGUACCCGCAAGUUGCUUCCAAUUUUUUUGUCUAAUAGAAAUCUUUGCCUGUAGCACUGUGCCUGCCAGGGGUCCAAGACAUAACAGCUUUGACUAAAAGCUUAGUUAAAAGUGACAAUUUUGUAAUAAAAAAGGAAUUCAAUUCGUGGCUGAUGUUGAAACCUCACCGUCAGUAUUGCUGGAUCUUUUCACACCUUUGGAAACCUCAAAGUAGGAAUCAACUCGGUCAAACAGUAUGACCAGCUCACAGUGUUUGGUGUGUGGGAAGAGGUCAACGGCCACUGCCUUGGUUGGCCGGAAUGGGAUGCCCUUGCUGCGAUUUGAAAUCGGUCGGCAGAGACUGGGGGAGGACAGAAAAUAAAUGAGCAACUACCCUGAGGAGAAUGUCUUGUAAUAACCACAGGCUGCUCAAAUUGUUGGUUGCACAAUGAAGUGACAUAUACGCUAGUUUUGCUGCAUCACAAAGUGACAAAAUUUCUUUAUAUGGACUUUGUGCACACAAUACGUGACCUCAUGGUGCGGCAACUACCCAAGAUACAUGAUUUGGUGCAACUGACGAAAUGUACUAUGAUAGAAGCAUUAUUCAUUCCCUGUUCAGGGGCGUAGCAAGGUCAUUUUUACUUGGGGGGGGGGGGAUUUCUUGAAAAGAGCACUUGCACAUCCGUGCUGAAAUGUAGACACGUUUUUUUUCUUCUUCAGACACUUGGCCUCCGUAAAAUCAAAUAUGGGGGUGGGGGUUUGGCCUGGUACCAUCUGUCGAUGGGGGCGCUGUCCAAAACCAACAAGUUUGCGCACUAAUGGACAAUAGAUGGCACUUUUCAGGGCAAUGCAUGCACAAAAUAAAAAAAAGGCACUCGUAAAGGCCACUGGCACAAAAAGGCUAAGAUUUUUUUUCAAAAGGGCACUUGUUCAGAACAAAGGGCACUUGUUAACAAAAGAAAGGGCACUCUUUACAAAUAUUGGGGGAGUGAAGUGCUGGUGAAAAAAAGGGGAUUUUAAUGAAAAGGGAAGUCUCUCAAAAUAUUUAUAUAUUGAUACACUCCCCCCCCCCUACACCUAGGCUGUUACAUGCGCAACUUGACUUGCGAUCUGACUUGUGUCAGACUUGAUCACGAAUACGAAUGGGGUUCUAAAAUUAUCCAACAAAUAUGAUUGUAGCAUGUGUUAAUGUAUUUUGGAAUACUUCCUGCAAAAUGUCUUUAUUUUUUUUUGAAACAAAAUUAAUACCUACUUCUUUUCCGCGCCUACGACAUUUUAUUGUGAAAUUGGGAUUCCAAUUUUGUUUUAAUGGAAAGUUUGUUAAAACUAUUUUAUUAUAACUAGAGGACAUUGUGAAAAGUCUUUUCUAUAUUAAUUUUGCCUGUUAACAUUUUUGAAAUUGUGACUUGGCUGUGUUUGGGUUAGAGAUGAAAAACCUAAACAGGAAUUGCAUCAUUUCAGACAUUUGAUUAUGGAAAAGGAACUCAACUUCUACAGAGAUUUACUUUCAGCUCAGGAAUUUUAUAAUUCAUUAACAUUUAGUGGAUUUUUUUUAUGUAUGCAUUUGAAAACAGCAGGGUUUUGGAUAAAAGGUUGGUAUUUUGGGGAUUCAGGUUUGAAGUAUGUUAAGAGUUUGGUGAUGGAGAAUGAAUGUUUUAAAAUAAACUUUUCAGAGUAUUUUUUGGUUAAUAACCAUUACCAUUUGGCUCAAAAUCCACACAUUUUUAUUGAAAAUUGUUUAACGCAGGUGAAUAAAAAUGAAAUAGCGUAAAAAGCAACACACUACCUCUAUGUAUCCAUAUUGCAUUUUUGCGCAACAUAAACAAUGUACAAGUAUCAUUUUGUGUGAAAACUUUUGAUAAAGUUAGUGCUUUUGAUAAAGUUUGUCCCAAUAAUUUCAAAUAGAAACAUCAGGACAUUUUUAGGUUACUCUGAAUGAACAGUUAUGAAAAGACAAUGAAACUCAUGGAUUUGUCCAAAUUCCAGAUACAUGUAUGGUGACGCCGUGUCUACUAAACACAGCUGCAACAGUAUAGUUUUACGUGGAUCCAUUGUUCGUUUGGGGUAAUAUUUUUAUCGAAAAACAGUAAACGGGUGUUUAAUGCUCCUAUUUGGAGUUUUCUCAUAUUUGUUGUAAGAAAUGUUAUGAGAAUGGUAUAAUACGGACAAGUGAUUUUCAGGCAAAGAUGUGUUUGUAUAUAAUGCUCUACAGAGUACUGCUCAUGUACACAGCUUUUUAAAGUAAGCAGCAAUAAAUCAUGAAUUCAAUUUUUGUCACUCAA